UUCAUCUUACUCUAAUUAUUCAGUUCUCCUUUCCCAAUAUUUAGUGAUUUAUUCCUCAUUACUCUUUCUCUCUCUCUCUCUCUCUCUUUCUCUACUUGCAUCUGUCAUUGCUUUGCCCUUUCUCCCUCUUCUGUCUCUCUCUCUCUCUUCCUUAUUCCUUCUCCCUACCCUCCCUUUCUCUCCCUACCUCCUCCUUCUCUCUGGCACCCCACCUCGAUACUGUAGUGACAGGCGUGGCACUGAGGCCCUCCCAGUGCCUGUUUGGGCUGUGUGAGUGAGUGUUACCUCCUCUCUUUCUUCUCGUCUUUCACCACCAUCUUCCUCUUCCUCUUCCUCCUCCUCUCUCUAUAAGUACCAAAGUGUUAUAGAUUUAGUAAGAAAAUUUAAUGAGUUUAUAAAGUGCUGGACUCCAUUGCACAAGUGUCAUCUCUCAAAUACAAGGAUAACUCGGGAUUAUUUUCAAUGAUCGGGUAUUACGUCACGACAACGACAAUCACCACCUCAACCACCAUCGCCACCGCCACCACCACCACCGCCACUGCCCUCGUUAGCUGUUGUAAUUAGUCAAGCGUGAUGGAGCGGUGCGGGCGGCGGAUCAGGCUGGCGGGCGGCGGUGAGGGCGGCGCGCGGCCAUGACCGGGGACGGGACGGGCGGGGCGCCGCACGAGGCCAGCACGGGCGGCGGCGGCACCCUGGGCGUCCGCUGGGGCGACGUCCCCCCGGACAAGGAGGAGAUGAUGGACACGCUGGAGGACGACAAGGAGGACGGCGGCGGGCGGGGCUCCGCGGGGCUCACGCGCCUGCACAGCCGCUCCAUGACCUCGCUGCCGCCGGAGCCCUUCAUGAUCAUGCGCUCCAAGGCGCUCAACCGCCGCGUGCAGCUGAACGUGGGCGGCGUGCGGCACGAGGUGCUGUGGCGCACGCUGGAGCGGUUGCCGCACACGCGCCUGGGCCGCCUGCGGGAGUGCAACACCCACGAGGCCAUCAUGGAGAUCUGCGACGACUACUCCCUCAUCGACAACGAAUACUUCUUUGACCGCCACCCGCGCUCCUUCUCCUCCAUCCUUAACUUCUACCGCACGGGCAAGCUCCACCUGGUGGAGGAGAUGUGCGUGCUGGCCUUCUCCGACGACCUGGAGUACUGGGGCAUCGACGAGCUGUACCUGGAGUCGUGCUGCCAGCACAAGUACCACCAGCGCAAGGAACACGUGCACGAGGAGAUGCGCAAGGAGGCGGAGUCGCUGCGGCAGCGCGAGGAGGAGGACUUCGGGGACGGCUGGUGUGCGCCCUACCAGAAGUUCCUGUGGGACCUGCUCGAGAAGCCCCAGACGUCCCUCGCCGCCCGGGUGCUGGCUGUGAUCUCCGUGAUCUUCAUCGUCAUGUCGACCCUCGCGCUCGUGCUCAACACGGUGCCCAGCUUUCAGGGGCCGGAGCAGGGCGACAAUGAGAAACUGGCCAUGGUGGAGGCCGUGUGCAUCACCUGGUUCACCCUCGAGUACGUCCUAAGGUUCGCCGCGAGCCCCAACAAGUGGAAAUUCUUUAAAGGGGCGAUGAACGUGAUAGACUUGCUGGCCAUCCUGCCCUACUUUGUCUCGCUGUUCCUCAUAGAGUCCAACAAACACACGGAUCAGUUCCAGGACGUGAGAAGGAUCGUUCAGAUCUUCAGAAUUAUGAGAAUUCUCAGAAUUCUAAAGUUAGCCCGACACUCGACGGGUCUGCAGAGCUUGGGCUUUACUCUGAAAAAUUCAUAUAAAGAGUUAGGUUUGUUGAUGUUGUUUUUAGCCAUGGGCGUGUUAAUCUUUUCGAGUCUCUGCUAUUUUGCGGAAAAAGACGAGAACCCUGUGUACAAAAGUAUCCCCGAAACUUUCUGGUGGGCGGGCAUCACGAUGACCACGGUGGGGUACGGCGACAUGUACCCCAUCACGCCCCUCGGCAAGGUGAUCGGCUCCGUGUGUUGCAUCUGUGGUGUGCUGGUCAUUGCGCUGCCUAUUCCCAUCAUCGUCAACAACUUCGCCGAGUUCUACAAGAACCAGAUGCGGCGAGAGAAGGCCCUCAAGAGGCGGGAGGCCCUCGAGCGCGCCAAGCGAGAGGGCUCCAUCGUCUCCUUCCACCACGUCAACCUCCGCGACGCCUUCGCCAAGUCCAUGGACCUCAUAGACGUCAUCGUGGACACAGGCCACAAUAUGUCACAAGCGGAUGCAAACUCGGUAGCAGGGGAGUCCAUGAGAGCUGGGCAGACCGGGACAGGAUGCUACAAGAACCACGAGCACCACAUGGGUCGUCUGCAGAAGGAGGCGCAGCAGGGAGCAAGAGGAGAUACCGGGGUUAUUCCAAGUGCUCCAGCCCCUAACAUUCUCGACCUUCCCCCCACGGAUGAGCAGCGGCCGCCCACCUCUCCCGAGUACCAGACCCCGGACACGACGGAACAAACGACGGGGCAGCUCAACGGUAACAGCACAGAGCCUGAGGGCCCGAGUAGCCGCUACCUUGCCUCCGAGUCCCCUCCCAGUGUGUUCAACAAGGACUACAAGGAGUUCAUAGACGCGGAAUGCCUGGUGCCGGCCCCGGUGACGGAGGCGCCCUUCCCCAUUGAGCUGCGGCCGCUAAAGACCACGGAUGGGGGGCGGGGGGGCGGGGGGGCGGGCCACGACUUGGCCUCCAUGGACUCAACAGACACCUUCGCCUCCUGCCCCACCCAUCCCUUCAACUCGGAGGCUGACCUCACCGACGACCCGCCCAACAACAAAGACUCCAACCUCUACGUCAAUCCCCUCGACGCUGACGGCUACCAGGCCCCGGGCGCGGCAGCGGGCGCGGGCGCAGGCGCGGGUGCGGCGGCGGAGGCGACGACGGCGGCAGCGGCCUCGCCCCGCACGCCCACGCCGCGCUCCUCGCCGCGCCACCGCCUGCACCGGCCGCAGGGCUACACCACCGACUCCUUCGACGACACGCGCAGCACCGACAACCUGUUGGGCAGCAGCCGCUCCUCCCUGCAGGACUCCCCGCUGCCCAAACACCGCCGCGCGCGCUUCCAGGAGGAGAAGCCGAGACCGUUCAGCCGCCUUCUGGAGUCCGUGGAGAGAGCUCGGGCUGCGCGGGAAAGCUCGGCAGGAGACAAGUGCACCAAGAUCAACAGCAGAGGUCGCAGCGGUAGCAAAUCAUCGCUAGGCGGAGAUUCGCUGGACUCGAGGCGGUCCCAGGGGUCCCCGGAGCGGCGCAAGUCCAUCCUGAAGCACCGCGACCCCGAGACGGAACAGCUGCUGCCGGACCUCACCUACGAGCCGCCGCCCUCCCACGAGCCGGACAAGCACGGGCGGCCAACGCUCAAGGGAAUUGGGCCCCGCGCAGGAGGGAAGCCGCACGCCCUUCCUGUCAAGUUCGUGGGCGUGGACGAGGAGGAGGACAGCAACCGGCCGCGACGCAUCCUGCCCCGCUCGCCCAUGCCGCGGAGACACCCGCAGCGGGCGCCGCUCGCGGACCUGCUCGCGGACUUCGCGGGGCAGGAAAAGGCGGCGCGCGACGAGGCCACGCCGGAAAAUAUCUUAAAGGACUCACUCGAGACGAACUUGUUCUCGCUAGCGGAGAGCCUUGACCAGCGUAACGCCAACACGGUGCUGCGCUGCUCCAAGGCGCCAUGCUUGUACAACCAGCCUGCCUCCACCUCGCCCAUGGCCCUAUCCCCUGGCGGGGAGGGCGUGUCGCUGCUCUGCCUGUGCGGCGCGCCCAUGACCCGCGUGCCCGCCACCCCCGCCAUCAUCACGCCCACCUCUGCCACCGCCGCCCGACCCAUCACCGAGAACUGCCUCCUCACCGACGACCUCAACAACGGGCCCGCCACCCUCGGGGACAUCGAAGACUUCCUCUUCGCCGACCACACGCCCACGGAGGAAACCCGCCUGCUGGAGCGCGCCCUCAACCUCCCCCGCAACAACUCCGGCCUCAACAGCUAACCCGCUGUGUUGUUCUGCCCGCCACACUUCUCGUAGCCCACCAAGCGCUACACACGCCGUCACAUCCUUGACAGAGAGACGCCAGCAGCAGACAGCAAGGAGGGCGCCGCCAGCAAGGGUGCCUGCGUCUGUCUAUGUCACCAGGUCCCUCUCCUCCCCUGCAGCGCCGCCUUCAGACAAGCCCCGUGCCUGGAGAAGUCACCUGAGAUGUCUGCUAGUCUGACAUGAGAGAGAGAGAGAGAGAGAGAGAGAGAGAGAGAGAGAGAGAGAGAGGGUGGGUGGGUGUCGAAAGGAACAGCCUCCAUCAACCGUCUCUUCAAACGGGAGACUCAUGUAUUCGACUGCCACAACAGAAAACGAGAGCAAGGCACACGACCUCCUCCCUCUUGUAACUGAGCCAGCCUCCGGAGCGGACAAGGCAAGGAUAAUGACGGCAGGAGGAGGAAACUGACCUUCCCCGCGGCUCCUCAAAGCGUCCACCUCAAAGAACGAAAAGGAAAGGGAAAAAAAGAAAGAAAACUCCAUCUCUUCAGCGAAGGAAAAGGGGAAAAAGAAGGAAAAAUAACUUUCUCUUCAGCUCUUCAGUGUGUAUCCAGCUUGUAGAACGAAAGGAAAAGGGAUAAAAAGAGGAAAAUACCUUCACUUCAGCUCCUAAUUCGAAGGAAAAUAGAAAAAGAGGAAAAUAACAUUCUCUUCAGCUUACAGAACGAAAGAAAAGACGGAAAAAAAGGAAAAAAAAACUCUUCAGCUGCUCAGUGUCUAGGUCCAAGAAAAAAGAGAAAAGAGGAAAUAAUAACAUCUCUUUCUCCUCGAACAAAUAAAAAUGGAGGAAAAAAAAAAGGAAAAACCGUUUCUUUAGCUGUUCUGAGUGUGUCCAACUCUUAGAACGAAGGAAAAGAGGUAAAAAGAGAAGUGUACAAAAAUGUUCCUGAAGAAUUUAUGAAGAGAAUGGUUUGGAAGGACAAAUUCAGUUUAUCUGGGCGGACAGGAGGAAGAGGAAGAGGAAGAGGAAGAGGAGGAGUAAGAGGGAGAGUUGAAGGGAGAGGGAAGACAGCAAGACGUUGUAACUCUCACUAAACACAAUUAUACACUUUCUUAUACUCGUAGGGCAGUCUCUCUCUCUCUCUCUCUCUCUCUCUCUCUCUCUCUCUCUCUCUCUCUCUCUCUCUCUUAAUGCCUAGUGUAGCAGAGAGAGAGAGAGAGAGAGAGAGAGAGAGAGAGAGAGAGAAACAUUAACUCUUAAAGCAAUAACUAAACAGCUGUAAGGUUGGAGGAGGUAGUAACACACACACACACACACACACACACACACACACACACACACAAUUUCGUCUGUCUGUCCCUAAAAAUGCACUGAACACAAUAAAACCCUCAAAAAAAACAAAAAAAAUGAGGAUCCCAUGAGAUCUCGUAAAUUAGAAGAAAGGUUUAGGUGAGGUUAGGUCAAGGAAGGUCGGCGGGGUUAAUGGCGGCCCAAGCAGCGCCCCAAGUGUCUGGCCGUCAGUACCCGUUCCGGUCCUCGGCGUCAGUUUCAAAAUACAGGUCAAAAUGAAUGAAUCCUUUUAAUCUGCACCAUUGCCAAUCCCUUAUAGAGAAGAUGAAUAAUAUUAAUCCUAUUCCCUCAUUCCGUAGUCUUGUCUCGAUGCGAUUCUAAGCGAUUGUAACUCACCAAGAUGCAAAAUAGUGGUAUCUGAUUCCUUUUUACCUUAAUUACACUCUUAUUUGACUGGUAGUAUAAAGCUGGAGAUUCUUGACUCACACAAAAACGAACCAUAUACUGAGCUGUUGUAAUGGUUCCGGUUAUUCGCUACUAAAUCAAAGGUUUUUUCAUGGACAUUUGCAAGAGACAGUGACGCAAUGCCGACGCCGAAGGUCACGGUAGCUCUCUAGUGUAAAGUUAAUUCUAAUACUAAUAGUUUCUGUAGCUGCGACGCCAACGUGAUAAAAUAAAAAAAAAGACUGAAAAAUAAAACCCCCUAGAAUUUAACAAGCUUUGUGCGCCUAUACAAGCCAUUCCGCAAGAAAGCCAGCCAGCCAGCCAGCCAGCCAGCAAGCCAGCCAGCCAGCCAACCACCCAGCCAGCCAGCCAGCCAGCAAGCCAGCCAGCCAGCCAGCCAGUGUCUUGCAUUCCGUGUCUGCGAAACUCUGCUGUACUGCACCAGGAAGAAUAUAAGAAACAGGAACAAAGAAAGCGUUCCACAAAAGCUCAUUCUAUCACAUAAGAUGGUGAAAUUUAUAUAUAUAUGUGUGUGUGUAUGUAUAUAAUGAUAGUGACGUUGUUGUUGGUGAUUUGUGAUGAUGAAGAUGAUGAUGAUAUGAUGUUAAGUGAGACCCAACCCUUACACUAUAUAUUGCUUCCUUCCUCUCCUGUUUCAACUGCGACGGAGAGGAUGAAGGUGAGUGAGUGAGUCAUCCGAUAGUCUGGAGUGAGAACCUUUCUGUACCUGACAAACUAAACAUCCAGGACUGACCGUGAGAUUGUCAGCCCUGGGAAGCGUGACAGAGAAAAAGAGGGAAACGGAACGACAGAAAGACAGACUGAGAGAGAAGGAAAGAUGCGAGUGUUGGGAACUACAAAACAAAGUAAUGGCUAUAGUUUUGCAUACUCUUCCCUCUUUGUUGAUAAGCACAGUUACCGCCUUUUGAACAAGUAUAACAUAUAUAUAUAGUUUUAUCUGUCGUUUCGUGAAAAAAAAAUACUACUACUACACGGAUCUGCACAAACACAAAAUAUAUAUAUAAACUGAUGGUCAUGUUACGCAGCAAAAUUGAUCAAAAAAAAAAAUGUUAAGGAAAUAAAGACAGUGAAGAAAACGUAUGUAAGGAGAUAAUGAAAACUUGAGAAAAGAAGUGAAGUGUGUGUGUGCGUGUGCAGAGGAAAAUGAAGAGUGAAAAAAAGGGGAAUUUAAUAAUAAUAAUGUGAUAUGAUUUAAUGAAAAAUAAAUAAAAAUAAAAGCGCUAAUUUUAAGCUCAAUUGAAUACAAAAAAAAUAUUCGCAGCGUUAUGUAUAAAUAAUAAUAAUAAUAAUAAUAAUAAUAAUAAUAAUAAUAAUAAUAAUAAUAAUAAUCAUGAAAAAUUUAAGUUUCCUCAACCCGCGGGAAGAGAGGAAAGACAAAUAUUCCUUUUUUUUUCUUUUCUUUCCCAAACAAAGCACCGACACUUCAUGAGAUAAGGAGAUGAAGCAUUUAAAGCACUCUUUGAAGCAUCAUUUAACUCGAACCACACCUGCCUCUUAACAUGACGCAAGGUGCUUGGGUCACCGCCGAGGGGACCGCUAGUCAGUCCCCCGAGUAGUAUUCUGUAACCAGUUAUUCUUUUUAUCAUUAAUUCAAAAGUAUUACCGCCUAUGCUGUACUUUUAUCUCACGGAAUCAUUAAAAAAAGGAAUAGAAUUGAUGCAACAUUGAUUAUUCCUGUUUUGAUAUGCAUUGUUUUUUUUUUAUUGUGUUUUAUCAAGUUUGAGAAGUUCAGAGUUGGAUUGUGUUCUUAAACGCUUCCUCGUCCUGUUUAUCACGUGAACAGGCUCUAGUGGAGAUCAUUUCACGGUUUCCAGGGUGUUUUCAUAAUUCCGGUGGUAGUUUAAUAAGGAUUUUUGCAUCAACUAUAUGUAAAGCAUCUAUAAAAACCCGGCUAGUCAUCUUUGUAACCUUCGAAGGCGCUCCUCGUCUAAUCACGACUUGUUGUUAAAGGCUGUAGUGGAAGUUAUUCGGAUUUUCAAGGGUGUUUUCAUUCAAGGGAAAGUUUAAAGGAUUCUGCAUCAUCAGUGAAAAAAAAAUACCCAUGAAAACCAGGAAAAGUCAUCUCUGUCGCCUUUGAAAGCAGUCGAGAUGAGCGAGCGAAGUGUAAAAAAUAGGCUGUCUUGUAUUGAGAGAGCGAAGCGUUUAAGACCACCAGCCAAGGAGCAAGAGAUACAGUAGUAUGGCUUCUCCUUCUCACAUGAGUGCCCAUGACUUGUUGUUGCUACUCUGUUGUUUAUAGAACUUGUUACAAUCAUUCUUGUUCGAUGUGUGUGUGUGUGUGUGCGUGUGUGUGUGUGUGGGGUGUGAGUGUUCUGUAAGCAUAUUGCGUGUGUGCGCGCGAGUGUUCGGUACAUCAUAACUAGGAGCGAUGCGAGUUAUUACUACUACUAUUACUACUACUACUACUACUACUACUACUACUACCUCUGUUACCAUUACCUCUAUGUAUUAUGAAAGACUCUUCACAAAGCUACCUAAAUUUGAAAGGAUAAAAAUGUUUAGCUUUGAGUUUGGUAUUUCACGAAUUCAUUAACAGUUUUUGUCAAAUUUCAAAUAUUCAGUUUGUUUUCUUUUUUUAUGGUUGUAUAUAAAAAAUGGCUUUAUAAUUGGUAACACAACUGUUUUUUUUUUUCUCUUUCAUUAGUUCAACACAAAAUUUAUAACUAUAUUCGAUGAGUUUUCUAUUUUUUGUAAUGUAAGAUGGUUUAUAUGUCACACACACACACACACACACACACACACACACGAGUAAUGGUGAUGGAGUGAUGGUGAUGGCAGUAAUAGCAGUAUUCUGUAGCUGGGAGUCAUUUGCUGGUUAAAGACACUCCUAUUUCUCUUCCUCCAGACCUCGAAUCUCCUUCCAGUCCCUCAUCCCCCUUCCAGACCAUUUUCACCUACAACUUCACCCAUGUCACAUCCAGCAGGUCUCUGCAACUCCUAAACUACCUCUUUCAGCACCCUUCCUGUUCCCACAGCCCCUUUCCAGACCUUGGCCCCUUCCAGUAUACCACAAGCCCAAAUCUAUUCCCUUCUGCCCUGCUCAAACACCCUUACAAGUCUCCAUAGCUCCUCUCCUGAGCUUGGCCGCUUCCAGACACCACAAACUCGAAUCCAGUCCCUUUUAUACCUUCCAGUAUCCUUCCAGCAGACGUUUAUCACUUCAAGUCAAACCACAAACUCAUAUGCAAUCAAUUCUACUUCUUUUCCAGCACCCUUCCAGCAGACCUUAGCCAGACCCAUAGCUCCUAGCCGUGUCCUAAGCCCCUUCCAGCCCUUCCAGUCCCCAGCAUGGAAACCGUUCAGUACUAUCAUAUCACUGUAUAUUUGUAUGAGUUUUUUGUAUUCAGGUUUUUCCCUCACUGCUAUGUACAUAAAAAACGAUAAGGGUGAAUGAGUGAUGUUCUUCGCUAGCAAUUUUUUUUUCUUUUUUUUUUUUAUGGAGAAGUGGCUUGUAGUGGGAGGGGUGGGAAGGAGAAGGGAUGGGGAAGGGGAGGAAAAGGGAGAGAAGAUUCAGUGGAGCGAACAGAGAGAAAUAAGGGAGAGAGAAAAGGAGAGAAGUACUUAAAAAUCCACACUCCACUUGCUUGACUACUACUACUACUACUACUACAACUACUACUACUACUACUACUACUACUACUACUGCGAAAAUUAUGACGUAAAAUAAUUAACUUUUCUUUCAAGUCGUUCAAGAAAGUGGAGUACACACACACACACACACACACACACACACACAGUCCUCAUUUUCUCUCAAUCUAUCUGGACAUAAUUUACUUUGAAUAAACCUUGAAUUUUAAUGCAUACCUAAUGAGCUUAAGUCUCCCCUAUAAUCCGAAUAGAAAAUGGAGCGUAGGACUAAACUAAACGUCAAAUUGGAGGGGUAAUUCGUCUAAAGAUUAACACGACCACAUUGCUCUCGAUACUAUUUCCUCGUCCUUGUGUCGCCAUGUCCCGUCUCUCAGGCCACGUGUCCUAUGCUCAGGUUUAUGUGUCAAAUGAAGAGUCCGGGUUCCCGUUUUCUGAUUUCAGUUUUCAGGUGUAACUCGCAUGUUUUGAAUCGACACUCGUCUUUCGUUUUUUUUUUUUUUUUCAUUCAUCUGAUCGCACGUUUCCAAUCAAGUUUUCUUUUUAUUUCGAUCAACUAGUGCUUCAGGUUGGGUUCGGUCAUGUCAGGUUCGGUUGCUUUAGGUUACGUUACCUAAUCCUGACUUAACCUAACCACCUAUUUUCUUAUACUAGUCUAACUUGAAUGGUAGUGAUGCAAACGCUAAUUGAAAGUCAAGAAAAAUACUGCUUGGAGAUACAGAAAACGUUGAUUGUGGAUAAAGAAAACGUUGAUUCGGAGUACAGAAAACGUUGCUUGGGAAAUAAAGAAAAUAUUAAUUGAUAAUGAAGGAAACGCAAUUGGUAAUGAAGAAAACCUCGACUGGAAGAGAGGAUUAUUGAUAACAGAGGAUAAAAAGAAACCAGACAAUACAAAACAAAAGAAAAAAAAAUAACGAUUGGAAACUAAAACUAAACUAAUACAUCAUUUAACAUUCCCACUAACACAAAUAUUCCAGCCUUCCAUUAGCUAACCAAAAAAAAAAAAAACACUACCCAAGAACUACUAACCAAUCCAGUAUAUUUGCGUCUAUCAGUCUAAGCUAGAUGGACGAGCCAAGACACCCUGUUAUUCUCCACCAUCCAUUGCUCCACCAAGCGUUCUCACUUAACCCAUUACCCGUGACUCUCCAUACUAAUCAAAACCACGAUACUUUAUCCAUAUCACUAGUACGUAUGUCACAGGAUAACUCGGCCACUUGGAGCCAAUUGAAGGAUAGCUAGGCACUAUCUUCCGCGUACUUCUGGACCUGAUUCUCGAGUUUUAAACGUUUCGAAGCCUCGUCUCCACUCUGAAUAGGCUCUAGAGGGAGUCGUGAGGAAGUUGCGAUUUUCAAAGGUGUUUUCAUGAUUCUAGUGAUAAUUUUAACAAGAUAUCAUUAAGGAAGACACAUUUACCAGGGCCAAUGAUCUAUGGGGCCUUUGAAAUUAUGUGUGGCUUAGACUCGCAUUCAGAAACGCUUUGCUCUCUCACCACGAGUAUUUUCAAAGGCCACAGUGAUGAUUAGCCGUGUUCUAAAUAGUGUUUCCCCUUUUAACAACAUAGAAAUCUUGUUAAUCUGUCACUAGAAUCGUAAAAGCACCCUUAGAAACCAGUGUAGCUUCAACUAGAGCCUUUUGAAAAUAGCAGAGGUGACGCAGGUUUCAGAAUAUGGUCCUAGCGUUUCAAAAGACAAACCCAGAGAGCCGCCACAUUUCCCCGCGCCUCUGAUCCUUCCCCAGCCUACAAAUGCACUGCCUCGUGUAGAUCUCUUAGUGUGAGUCCUGCACGCCGUUCUUCAGUGAGGCUUUGGUUUCAUCGUAGUAGAGGACACCCCAUCGCCUUAGCUUCCACUACCCGACCCCUGUGUGCUGGUCCCCUCGUCAGGCUCAGAGCUCGAGUCUGUACUUUCACUGCACAAGAUACCGCUCAUUAUUUGGUUGUUCUUGUAGAUUUUACAGUGACGCUAAGCUUAAGGGACGACUUUUUUUUUUUUUUCUUCUUCCAUGACUUCGUGUUCACUGAUUGAUUGACUGAUUGAUUAUCUGAGACACCUGAAUCCCAGCGCCCCACUUGGAAGACCAUCCACCACCACCACUACCACCUGACAACCACCACAGUCUCACCUCACGCCCCUUCCACAAGCCCACCACCACCACCACACUCCGACCCUCGACCACGGCGGGUGCCCACCACAACCACGUCCAACAAACAGCAGCGUGCAUGCAAGCAAGCCGCGGGUCGCUAUAAAACGCCCUUUCAUCAUGAACACAACCAUUUUUUAAACCAAACGCGGCCUUUACUCAGUCUUGAUGUACGAGAGUUGACGCUGAAAUACUCUCAUGCUUCCUCAAACGCCAGGAAGUCACGACAAAUGCUAAUUCUUUCCUCCAAUGUGCGCAAAGGCUUUUUCUUUCGUUUUCUCUUUUUGUUUUUUUGUUUUUUGGAAGAGACGGUGCAUGGCGUGGCGAAGCGGCUUUUACCAACGGCCUGGCGCGCUGUCCUGUUAUUUAUACUCCUACCGUUGGAUCGUCUUUCUAGUCACGUGGCAGGAAUUAGUGAAGCUGGCUGAUUCAUGGCAUUAUAUCCCCAGUCCUGAGUCACCACGCAUGUAUCGUCCGCAACACUUAGUAUUUGACUAUACAUUUGCGGCUGCAGACAGCUAGACAAACAGACCCCCUAGACAUACGGACAGAACGAGAGGUCACUACUACUACUACUACUACUAACUAUGUAAGGAUAAGGAGUACUUCACGUUAAUCAUUGCUAUUCACGAGCAACGUCAUUAUAUUACUAAGAAAAGUUACGUACACAUCUGUUUCUGGUUUCGACGCUUGUUGUUGUUGUUAUUGUUGUUGAUUGUGGAGUGCGUAGGGCCGUACGUAAAUAAAGAGUAGGAUAAACAAUAAAAAAAUAAAGCUGAGUUCAUGUGUGUGAGUGCGUGUGUGCGUGCGUGUGCGUAUGCGUGAGGGGUGAGGGUUGAUAAGCGCCUCACUACACAGAGCGUCGAAUGAGUGAACCUGGUGACUCGUUGCAUCGUCACAACCCCCGAGCCACCGACAGGCAGAUUAAUAAUAACUCAAUACCUAGGGCUAAGUAAGGUUAUCUAGUUCAGCGCUUGUCCAGCAAACAUGCCUACUGGUAGUUACCGACGCUGUGUAGAACUGUGUAGGGCGUGCUGAGGGCGUGUGAUUGUCAAGGGUGGCAGAGCUGAGGCGGCAGGGAGCAGGAACACACUGGAACUGGUAUUGCUUCAUCUUUGCGUGACUCUACACACACACACACACACACACACACGCACACACUAAGAAACUUCAUCACAGUCUCGCUCAGUCAUGGAAUUAUUGACCGUGAUAUUUACAGUUUCGAAAUACCUUGUACUUUACACACACUCGACAGUCCAUUCUUUAUUUACUUCAGUCUAAUUCCAGUCAAUUAAUUACUGACCUGUGGUGCUCAUAGUUCUUAAAUAUCUUAUGCUUCAUACACACGCACACACACACACACACACACACGAGGUAAGAAAUGGAGUGUUUCGUUUGUCUAGCUCGAAUCAUGAGUUACGGAUUCACCUUUUACUUCCGACACACACACACACACACACAUAGGAAAGCCGUGAUGCUGUAAAUACAUGUUUUCAUUAGAGCAUCACUCAGGUACAGUAGCGGCCAUAAGUUGUCCCCUGCUUCGUGGCCAUUAUGAGUCGAAAUAAGCUCCUCUCCUCAGAAGCACCGUUAUUCAAACCUUCAAACCUCAGCUGAUUACGGUUCAUUAUGGUGACGAAGCAGAACACAAAUUAUGACCAAGCACCACCCCACUGCCGGCGUAUUCGCAUGGGCUAGCAACACACACACACACACACACACACACACACACACACAUAAAAAAAAUAAAUAAACUGCAAAGGCCUGGUAACUUUGACAAAACAGCUCCUAAAACACACGUGGGUUCAUGGUUGUGUUGGCACCACCGAUACAAAAGACAAACACACUCAAACCUUGUCUCUCUUCUCACUAUUGCUAUCAGGCUCUAGUGACAGUUACCAAGGCCCUCAAUUUUCAUUUCCUAAUCCUAGUGAUAAUUUAACAAGAAUUCAGCACCAUCAAUGAGAAAAAGCACCCAAUGAAAACUAACUAGCGAUCUGUGGCCUUUGAAAAUAGCUCUUGUAGGAGACUGAAACGUUUAAGAAAAUAGAGUCACGCAGGAAAGAAGCUAUACAGUCUUGCAGUGUUUGCCUCGCCCUGGACUCCACCUGACAUGCUUCACCCUGCGGUAUAGGCAAGGGCACCGAGCAAAACAAAGUCAAGAGAAAUGCGCAUCAUUACCCACACUCGUAACUUAACAUGUCAUCCCAUCUAUAGUCAAACUGCCUAUCGCAAGUUUCUAGAGUUACCUGAGGAGUUUUUUGGCAUCUCCACUGGAUUGUCUUGAAAAUAUCACCGUGUUUGUAUUCAGGUUAAUAUUCUGAAACUGCGACUUUUUGGGGGUGACCGAGUUUGUCUGGUGUAAGAACGCGAGGAUGUGAAGACAAAAAAUGCAUUAAAAAAAGGUUGGUGUAAAUGGAGGGCUAAUUGGGAGACAUUAAUUGCUAUCCAGUUGCCAGGUAACCUACACCUGGCCACACCUGUACUGCAUGUGUGGGCAGGUGUAGCGGCACUUCUGAUUUAUGGCAACGUGAACCAGGGCAUAAGGAAGCAAGUGCUCAUACACACCUGUGAAUAUAUUACACCAACGCACGUCUACCAGCAAACGUGUAGCAUACAUAUAGACACAUUUAUGUAGUCAGUGUAUCAAUAUGACUGUAUGUAUGAAAAUAUGCAGUCUUCCACACUCACAUACAUACACACACAUGUAAGUGACUGAGUUUGUGUUGUUUGGUGUGUUCCAGCAAUGACACACACAUGCUGCAGUGGUGUGUGGAGAAGUCAACACACAGGGCACCAGUUCUUGGCAACACACUACAUGUAAAUCCUUAUGAAUGAGGAAGUGUGCAAUUACUACCAUAUAUCUAGUUACAAAUCACAAAUAAUGACAUUUCUAAGACACUCUCCUAGCCAAAAAAGUACUGGCGAUACAUUAAAUAACCUGUCUUAUUGUAAUCUUAGUUGUAGUUGAAUUAAAAAUAUAAAUCAAAUCAAAAUAAAAUGCUAGUCACUUUAAAAUUCCUCAUCUUUACGUUCAAAGGAAAAAAAAAAACAAUAUAAUUCCAAAAACAAAACAUUGAAUUGCUCAUGGGUGAAGAUCGGAAGAUAAUGCUGUAGAACAAGUGCCCUGUGUGUGUGUAUGCGCGCGCGUGUGUGUGUGUGUGUGUGUGUAGGACCUGUGGCCGUCAAAAGCUUCAAGACCCGAACUGCUCCAAGUGAGUACAGCGGUGGUGGUGUCGGGCCGGCCAGGUGGGGGCAGCACUGUUCUCAGCCGCACACACUCUGUACGCUCUUGAUAAGCCACACACACCUAUGGAUUAUGUAAAUGACCCCAGAGGACAUGGAUGAACCAAUGAAUAAUCAUGUAUAAGACACAGUAAUGAUUUUUAUAUACCUGGAAUAUAAUUUUGCAGUUUUUACCUCACAGAGAUGUAUAAAAACAGGUUGUGUGCAUAAUGUUUGUGUUCACAGUUUCAUGUUAUAUAUUAAACAUGUUUUAAUACUAUUGUGACAAUCAGUUGACCACAUGCAGAGAUUGUGGGUAUUAGAAAUGUCACAAUGAGCUCCUCCAAUAUUUUGAAAUAGCGUAUCAUUUUUACAACACCUAUUGCUAUGCCACUUUGGAUAUUGUAAGCUUCAAUUGCCAAUCAAUUUUUAACCUAACUGAAUUUAUAAAUAUGAAGGAAUCAACUCCGAAUUACUGUUCUAUUCAGUAUGAAACUUUACCCAUGCGAUUUACCAUGUAUAUUAAACAGUAUGAGUCGCUAA